AGGAGCUGGAGCCUGAGCCCAAGGGAGCCGGGCUGCCUGCCGGGGGCUGCAGACAUGGAGGGCCGGAGCAGUGGGGACAGCCGGAGGCUAGGGACCCCGGGGAGCUUGGGCCCCUUACCUGUGCUCCAUGGGGCUUCUCAAACUGGUACACCCUCCAAGGUGGACUCAAGUUUUCAGCACCCAGCAAAGAACACAGCCCCGGUACCCUCAGAACCCAGGCUGGCUCUGGCACCUGUGGGACCUCGAGCAGCUACAUCACCUUCCUCAGAGGGGCCAAGGCUGGCUCUGGCAUCUCCCCGGCCCAUCCUGGCUGCACUGUCUACCCCUGGGGGACAGAAAAGAGCCCCUGCCCCCCACAGCUCCAGUCCGGCCCCUACAUCUGUGAGCCAAUUGGUGGUAUCAGCCUCAGCGGUCCCCAAGCCUCCCCCAGCCACCUCAGCUUCAGUCUUAGCCCCCACAUCGCUGGGGCAGCUUGUAAUCUCGGCCUCCGCAAUGCCAAGGCAGCCACCAAGCCCUCUGGGACCCAGUCAAGCUCCAACCUCCAAGGACCAGAAGCCAUUGUCACCCACCUCCAUGGGACCUAAACCAGCACUGGCAGCCUCGGGCCUAAGCCUGGCCCUGGCUUCUCAGGAGCAUCCUCUUCCAUCCCCCUCCAGCCCUUCCCCGGUGCCUAGUCCAAUUCUGUCUCCUUGUCAGGAGCAGUCUCUGACUCCAGCAUCUGCAAUUUCAGCCCCAGUUUCUAUGGGAUGGACACCAGCCAAACAGAGGGAUGUCCCAGCCCCUAGACCUCUUCCCCCUUCUGAGGGUCGUCUCCAGCCUCCAGCUCAGGCAUCUGCUCCUACCAGCUCCCCAGCCUUAAUCCAAACCUCCCCAGACCCCCGGGUUUCUCCUUCCUUCCGAGCCCGGCCUGAAGCCUCCCGCAAUAGCCCUGAAGAUCCUGUCCUGCCACGCCCACCCCACACCCUACCCUUGGAGGUGGGUACCAGCCUUCCAGAGUCUGGCACUCGCUCCCCUGGACUGUUGUCACCUACCUUCCGGCCAGGAACCUCCUCAGGCCAGACUGUGCCCCCACCUCUGCCCAAGCCACCCCGGUCUCCCAGCCGCUCCCCAAGCCGUUCCCCUAACCGUUCUACCUGUGUUCCCCCAACCCCUGAGGUGACUCUUCCCAGGUCUGGCACCCAGGGUGCGGGGCCUGACACCCAGAGACCAAAGUCUGGCACCCAGAGUCCAGGGUCUGGCACCCAGAGUCCAGGAUCUGGCAGCCAGGGUUCAGGGCCUGGCACCCAUACUGCAGGGGCUGGCAGGUGUCUGAGUCCUAAGCUUCAGACCCCAGAAGCCCCAGUCACCAUCUCUCCUACAUCCAUCUCGGCACCCUCCUCUUGGUCAGCUCAACCUACCUGCAAGAGCGACCCCGGAUUCCGGAUCACUGUGGUUACUUGGAAUGUGGGGACCGCCAUGCCCCCUGAUGAUGUCACCUCUCUCCUCCACCUGGGUGGCGGCGAUAACAGUGAUGGUGCAGAUAUGAUCGCCAUAGGGUUGCAGGAAGUCAAUUCCAUGAUCAACAAGCGCCUCAAGGAUGCUCUCUUCACUGACCAGUGGAGUGAGCUCUUCAUGGACGCUUUAGGGCCCUUCAACUUCGUGCUGGUGAGUACAGUCCGGAUGCAGGGUGUCAUCCUUCUGCUGUUCGCCAAGUACUACCACCUGCCCUUCUUGCGGGACGUGCAGACAGAUUGCACGCGCACUGGCCUGGGUGGCUACUGGUUUGCCUUUAGGGACGAUGUGCCAUUGGUGCGGCUGGAGGUGGCAGAUGAGUGGGUGCGGCCAGAGCAAGCUGUGGUGAGGUAUCGCAUGGAGACUGUGUUCGCCCGCAGCUCCUGGGACUGGAUUGGCUUGUACAGGGUGGGUUUUCGGCAUUGCAAGGACUACGUGGCCUAUGUCUGGGCCAAACACGAAGAUGUGGACGGCAGCAUCUACCAGGUGACCUUCAGUGAGGAUUCCUUGCCCAAAGGCCAUGGCGACUUCAUCCUGGGUUAUUACAGCCACCACCACAGCAUCCUCAUCGGAGUCACGGAACCCUUCCAGAUCUCGCUGCCUACCUCAGAGUCGGCCAGCAGCAGCACCGACAGCUCUGGCACCAGCUCGGAGGGCGAGGACGACAGCACUCUAGAAUUACUCGCACCCAAGUCCCGCAGCCCUAGUCCUGGCAAGUCCAAGCGCCACCGGAGUCGGAGCCCGGGCCUCGCCCGCUUCCCCAGUCUCGCCCUGCGGCCCUCCUCGCGAGAACGCCGCGGUGCCAGCCGGAGUCCCUCGCCGCAGAGCCGCCAGCUGCCCCGGCUGGCCCCUGAUCGGGGCAGUGGCGGUGGCAGCCGGGGCAGCAGCGAAGAAGGAUCCUCAGGGCUGCCUGGCCCCUGGGCCUUCCCCCCGGCGGUGCCUCGAGGCCUGGGCCUACUGCCAGCCUUGCGAUUGGAGCCCGUCGACCCCGGUGGUGGCUUCUGGGGACCCGAUGGGGCGGCUCCCAACUCGGACAGCCUGUCUCCCAGCCCCCAAGGCCGGCACGGGCUGGAGGAAGGGGGUCUGGGGCCCUGAGGGUAGACAGCAGGGGUGCCCAGGUGGCCCCCCGCCUCCCUCCCCGCCGCCUCGAUUGCCCACAAACCUGCCUGCCUCUCCUGCUGCUGCCCCAGCUGCGUCCCCACCCGCCACUCUGUCCUGCCCAGGAGUGGCCAGCUGGGGUCCCUUAAAACUCAGUUCUGGCACCUCAACUGUGACAAUCAGAAAAGCCCGGCCUGAGCCCCCAUCUGGGUUUGGGUGGGGGGAGGGAUGUUGGCAGAUGUCCCAAUUGCAAAG